CUUGGAAGAUCCAUCCUUCGUUGUGUGCCUUGUGAUCAGCAGCAAUGGUGGAUGAGUCAAAAGAUGCAGUUCAUGGCAUGAGAUCUGUCACAGUGGUGCUCUCGGCUCUGGCAGCAGGGUGGGUUCAUCAUGCGAUGUCCUUCGCCCAACCACGAGCACGUCCACAUGCAUCGACUCAUCGUGGAUUUCCGUUUCGUCGGCACUCUCGGGAUCGGCCGUUGUCAGUCGUUGGUCUGAGCAGUGAGGAGAGGGAGAGCUGCGAUGUCACAGAAGUGGAUGGCUUUCCGCCGUGUGAGCCGACGGAAACGUUUGAAGAGAGCAAAACGGACACGACAAUGAAUGGAUGGAUGAGGAGGUGUGGAUGUGAUUUGAAUGUGUGCCUGCACUGCAGCUGAUGAGUUCCUAAAGCAGUACUGGCAGAAACGGCCGCUGCUGGUCCGCCAGGCCUUCCCCGACUUCAAGUCGCUCCUGUCGCCGGAGGAACUGGCAGGUAAUUGCUGGGGACACAUGGACACACAGAUGGAUGCACACAUCCUUCUCUCUCACAUUAUUUGAUGGUGUGUGUGCAGGGCUAGCAAUGGACGAAGAGGUGGAGAGCCGUGUGGUGUCGCAUGAGACGGCGGCCGACGGUACCCGACGGUGGACCAAACGAAACGGCCCCUUCCACGAAGCCUUCUUCACCCAAGAGUUUGCUAACUGUAACACCACUCUGCUCGUGCAAGAGUGCAACCGACACAUUCCACCGGUCAGACACAGACAGUCUGGGCUGAAGGAACAGUCAUCCAUCACACGCCACGCCACGCCUGUUGCCUCGUGUGUGUAGAACUGCAGUUGAGUUCGUUCCUUGACUUCUUCCGGUUCAUCCCGUCUUGGCGGAUCGAUGAUCUGAUGAUCAGCUAUGCUCCGAAAGGCGGCGGCGUCGGGCCACACGUCGACUCAUAUGACGUCUUUCUGCUGCAGGUAGGUACCUUAAGAGAGAAGGGGAAGGGGAAGGAGAGUCCACCACUUAAUCAAUCUUGCUUCUGUGUCUUUGUGUACGUACGUCCGUACAGGGUGCUGGUCGCCGGCAGUGGAGCAUCGAGAGCGGCAAGCUGUCACUGAGGAAUGAGGAGGACCGCCUGGUGCCCGACAGCCCCGUCAGGUGAGGGAAACAAGGUCAGUGCGGGCACUGGCUCACUUAGUCAUGGUCGGUCCUCAGAGUGGUUGAGGGCUUCACGCCAAGCCACAGCUGGACUCUUGCACCAGGCGACAUGCUCUACCUCCCACCAAGGUAAGGAGCCAGCGAUUUGAUACACGGCCGGGGCAAUCCGGUCAUUCACUGACUUGUGUGUCGUCAAUUGCUUAAGAGUGGUGCACGACGGCGUCUCGCUGGACGAUGAGUGUAUGACGUACUCGAUCGGUUUCAGGUAUGCGCCCAUCUAGAUAACGUGUGUUGGAGUGCGGUGCCAAUCACGGCUGCGUGCGUCUUUGUGUGUGUGGACACUCAGGGCCCCCCGUCGGCAGGAGAUCGCCAUGGCCUACAUCGACAGGAUGGCUGAUUACAUCGAGGACGAAAGGCGGAGCCUUAACGAUGACUUCUUCACAGACGACCACAGAUCGUCGUGAGUGAGAAACCGGGGUCGCUUUAUAUAUCGCUUUAUUUGCCUAAUCGGUCAUCCUUCCACUACCCCUCUCUGCGUGUAUGUGUGUGCAGAGCGCAGCGCGACUAUGGCGAGAUCGAUAGUCACGACGAACGUGUGUUCCGCGACAUGCUCAGGUGCGCAAGUGACGAUGCUUCCCAAUACUCAUUCCUCUCUCUUUUUUCGCUCACAGUACACGCAUCGCAUGCACGUGAAUGCAUGUAUCAUGUGUGAAUCUGUGCGUGUAUGCAGGCAUGAGCUGGCUGUGGCGAUGGACGAGUGCGGGGAUGAGCGGCAGCUUGUGUUCAUGGGCGAGCACAUCACCGCCCCUAUGCGUUUCCAUCCAUCCCUCCCAAUGGACAUCUACGGGAUGGAUCAGCGCCACGCCGACGCACUCUUGCACGAGAUACUUCUGCACGAUGACAACAACAACAACAUCAACGCCGGGCUAGAAAAGGACCUUAUAGUGGAUGGGACCAUCAGGGUAUCCCCCGCCCUGGCAGCAUACGCGCCGCUCUCUGACGAUGUGCCCGAUCAGCAAAGAGUGCUCAAGUGGGCCGAGGGCGUCAAUUUUGCUCAUGCCCUCGGCAGCUGUCCACAAAGUGUUGCUUACCUGUUUGCGUACGGCAAGUCGUUCAAGCUACCCUUUGGUGCUGGGGGCGAUGUGUUCCUCCCUGUGCUGACCAGCGGGCGGACCGUGGCCUUCAGCCAACUAAGGAGGGCUCUUCCUCCUGGGGCAAGCAAUCCCGACGACAAGUGUCAGUGUCGGCAGCUGCUGAGACAGCUACUGAUGGAGGGAUACAUCUAUGACCCACACAUGGUGCUCGAGCCAUCCAUAGAGGAGGAAGAGGAGCGAAAUGGCAGCCACGAAAUAGACUUGGACACGGAACUGCCAGCAAGAAGACCUCGUAAGCAAGCAUUAAUGCAAUGUCACCGAUUUAUGACUGCUCGUCUGUCUGUCUGUCUGUCUGUCUGUCAGAGUCGUGACAUGUGGAAGUCGUCCGUCGAGCAGGAGCGUCUGCGUGCCGACAAGCUCCACUCACGACAAGCUAAAGCACGGCAGCCAUUUAUGGUGGAGAGACAUGGCAUCCACCAAGAGAGGGCAGCGAUGAAAGAACCAAGAGGUUUUCCUCACUGUGGGGGGGACCUGGGCAAGGCGGGCGGGGACAAGGUGUGAUGCUUUGAGCAUUGGGACGUCCGUGACUGUGGCCGCUCUGUGUUUCUUUGCGCACUGCACAUCCUAGCUGUUUCCUGGCUGUAUCAUAGUUGAGGAGGUCUGCAUGGAUGCGGCGGUGAGAAAUGUGUGUGCUGG